AUGUGCUCCGAAGGAGCGGUCUCAGCGGCCCAUUUUGGCCGCGGAAACAGGAAUGUUGUUGAAGACAGCCAGGAUUACCAAGUAAUGCUGCCCCAACUGCCGAAAGGUCGGAUUGUUAUUAAUACUGUUUUUUUGCAUGGCGAUAUCCGUGCUCGGCCGUACAGAGUUGAGGACUACCGUGACGCCCUGGACAGCUUGAAAGUGCUCCCCGAGGUUGUCGCCUUGGGAGCUUUCCAAAUGAACCACGUGUGGGCCGUAACAAUGAAAAGCUCGGAAGCCGUCAACAAACUGCUAACAGCUGCAACAAUUACUGUCAAGGGCCGGCGAUGCCUGGUGGUUGAUCCCAACAACCAAGACCUACGUGUUAAGAUGCACUGGGUCCUCCAUAACGUCAGCGAUGAAGAUGUACGCGAGGCCUUAGCGCCGUACGGCGAAGUUACGGAAGUUUCACGAGAGCGCUGGCGCGCACAGGGCGUGACAGACAAGGGCUCCACUACGCGUCUGGUGAAUCUCAAGUUGAAGCCUGGUGUUAAAGGUGAUGAUAUCCCGCACCAGCUGCGUGUCGCCGGAGAGCCUGCUUUAUUAGUGGUGCCUGGAAGGCCACCGCUUUGUUUGCGCUGCCACGGAAAAGGUCACGUUCGCAGAGAGUGCCGGGUGCCACGAUGCUCGCGCUGCAGGCGUUUCGGUCAUGACGAAAGUCAGUGUGCGCCUACAUACGCGAACGUCACAGGGCCCAUAAGGAGUAUUGACUCUUCUGAGCUCGUCAUGGACGAGGCAGAAGCUGAGGAAACGGCGACAGUACAACACGCGAAGUUGGAACCACAACCAACGCCCCCGGCAACGGCCUCCGCCCCCUUGCAGCGAGCCGUUACUUCGGUGCCUGGCGAACAGCAGCCACUGCAAGAAAGGCAGCCUGACCUGUCAAAGGACGCGCUGCACCGGUCGAAAAAAGCCAAGGAAGGCUCAGCAACAUCGACGGAUCCCGACGCGCCGAGCGCAAUGGAGACCGACGUGACUUCAUCAUCGAAUAAGCGGGCGCACAUCGAGACGGUGAAAAGCGACGACCCGGGUGGUGGCCUGAAUGCCGAGGAGCCGCCUGCGAAAGUGGCACCGGUACGACGCUCACCAUUCAGGCCGAAGCCCAGCGUUCCCCCAGAUAAACGCGAGGCGGACGCGGCGCCGAAGUAGGCGCUGGGGUCUGCACUUCACGGAUGCCUGUACAACAUGUCGCGCAAGUUUUUCAAGUGCACGGAUGGCAAUGGACUGUCACGCCGGCAGCCGUCCGUCGAAGAAGGUUCAGCUGUGCCAGACAUGACACUGCAAGGAAUGGCCGUCUGCAAUGAUGCGAAUGCUGUGCGGUCAUGUACAGAGGUGAGCGCUGUGCGACCCGUUUGCUCCUCACAUAAUAUGCACGGUGAAACUGAAAAGCCAAUGCGAGUAGCCACACUGAAUGUCAGGGGCUUAGCGGCCCGGAGAAGACAGUACCAAGUGAGCCGCCUGUUUUUGGAAAAUGACUUAGAUCUAGUCGCAGUGCAAGAAACUAAAAUCGAGAGUGAGGAUCGGACGGCCCGCAUGGUGGAAACCUUUCGAACGCGCUACAAUGUUUGUAUUUGUCAUGCUGUGGGCACAUCUGGUGGUUGCGCGAUAUUCAUUCGUAACAACAUAGGCAUCUCUGAUGUGAGCAUUGUUAUCUCGGAAGCAGGACGCUUGCUUAUUAUAGACUUUUUAUUUUCUGGUCACCCCUGGCGAGUGAUCUGUGUUUAUGCACCGAAUAGCGCGACUGAGCGCGUAGCCUUUUUCGAAAGAAUCGAGUCUUAUCUGCAGUGUUCGAAACGUAUUGUUAUGCUUGGUGAUUUCAAUUGUGUGCUGAUGGCAGAGGACAGAGCUAAAGUUGUACUUUGCCGCGACAAAAGUGCAAAGGUACUAGAUGCACUAAUCCAAGAGAAUGAUUUGGAGGACCUGGGCUGGUUGCUUUCAAAUGGAAAUCGACCCGUGUUCACACACUUCCAGCGUGGCAGCAGUGCGCGGCUCGAUAGAGUGUACGCCACGGUUGACUUUGUGAGCAUGUGCACUAAGUAUGAGGUAAAGCAUGUCUCUUUUAGUGAUCACAGUCUUGUAAUGGUGACAGUUGGGGGCAAGAGAAAGAAAACGCCAUUCAAUUGGCAGUUAUGGAAGUUUAAUGUUAAAUUACUGGGGGACGAGAUAUUUAACGAAAAAGUAAAGAAAAAAAUAGAAAGCAUGGCCGGCAUUGCAGCAAAGUCGCGUGCGGCUGAAUGGGACCAAUUCAAGAACGACGUAAAAUUGAUAGCUAUCGAAAGGGGAACACUGCUCCGUCAUAAAGAAAGGGAAAAAAUCGAGGAAUUGCAAUGCCAGCUUGAUUUUAUGAUAAGCAUGGAAGCCUCAAAUCCCGGGAUAUACGGUAAAGACAUCUGUGAAGUUAAGGGUGAGCUCGAGGCUAUGGACGUCGAAAAGUAUCGAUCCGCAGUAAUAAGGGCGCGAGCUGAGAAGAUAUGGUUGGGGGAAACUCCUAAUAAGCGCGCAUUGUGUGACGAAAGGAGAUACGCAACACAAAAUGAAAUCAGAGAAAUUACGUAUCAGAACACUAUUACCAGCGACAUUGAAGAAAUUGAACGUGCAUUUGUCGAGCACUAUGAGAACUUAAUAGGUGUACAAAGAAGUGGGAGCAUUCCGCUGACACAGGAUACCCUUGAUUUAAUGCCACGGUUAGAUGGUGAUACUCGAGCUUUUUUGGAGAAACCCAUUAGCGUAGACGAAAUAAAACAGGCGAUAACUGAACUACCGCUGGGGAAGACACCUGGGCCAGACGGCCUCGGUGCCGCAUUCUACAAAGCUUAUGCCGAUGAACUAGCGCCCAUUUUACACGCAGUCAUCACGGAGGCGUACGAAACGAGAGAAAUGCCGCUCUCUUUCCGUGCUGCUCACGUGGUGCUGAUUCCUAAAACCGACGACCAUGCUACGCUGCUAUCUGUGGGCGCGUACCGUCCGAUAACGCUCACGAACACCGACUACAAAGUUUAUACGAAAGUGCUAGCAAAACGACUGCAGAGUGUCAUCACAUUUCUAGUCGGACCACACCAGACAUGUGGCAUAAAAGGUCGCUCUAUCUCUACAAAUGUGCAUGUAGCCCGUAGUAUUCUUGAGUGCUGUGACAUUUUUGGCGGACGGGUCGCUAUGUUGCAGCUGGACUUAGCAAAGGCAUUUGACCGUGUGACGCAUGAAGCUCUUUUUUGUAUCCUUGAACACGUUAACAUAGGCACAGUUAUACUCGAUGGUCUAAAAAUGAUAUACAAUGACUGCAUAGUAAACAUCGUGCUGAAUAAGACACUAACUGAGAACAUUAAACUCAGAUCAUCAGUGAGGCAAGGUUGUCCAUUGUCACCGCUGCUCUUUGCAAUUUAUUUAGAGCCUUUCUGUUUAUCUCUAAUAAGUAACGAAAAAAUCAAUGGUUAUAAGCUUGAAUCGUCCCAUGUUAAAGUGCUUGCAUAUGCUGACGACGUCGCAAUCUUUUGUACAGAUCGCCAAAGUGUACUAGAGGCGAUAAGCGGUGCUAAAAGAUAUUGCAGGCAAACCGGAUGCGAGAUCAAUUGGAACAAGAGCAUCGGAUUUUGGCAUGGAAGUUGGGACAACACACCGUCUGUCUUUGCGGAGUUACAAUGGACCGUGUCUCCUCCGAAAUAUUUGGGGGUGCCGCUUGAGCACUACGAGAGUGCCGCGCAGUACUGGGAGGAUGAGACGUCGCGCGUAAAAGAGAAAACCGGAGGAUGGCAGGGUCGUGAUUUGUCAAUGUUUGCAAGGGCAACUGUUUGUAAUUUGUUUUUAAUUGCCAAAGUGUGGUAUGUCCUCCAAUUUUUGUCGAUGACCCGUGUGAAUGUACAGAAAAUACACAGAGUCUUUGCUGUUUUUAUCUGGGGUUCAACUUGGGAAAGGGUCAGCCGUACCAACUUGUUUCGUCCUGUUCGACAUGGUGGUCUUGGAUUGUCGCAUUUGUUCUUACGCCAGAUUGUUUCUCGUUUUGUCUUCUUACGAGAUCAAAGUGAUUCAUUCUUGCGUACGAUGAUCCAGAUCCGUUUGAAAAGCGUUUUGCCUGAAUUUAUUGUGUCUAGUGCACAGC